AUGGCAAAGCACUUCAUGAGGAGAUCAGAAGAGCCUCACCCUCAAAGGAGAGCGACCCAGCUUGUAUUGGGUCUUCUAUGGUUUUGUAUUUUUCCAAGCAGCUCCCACCAAGACCCCAGCCAGCGAUGUGAAAUAAUCCCAGGUUCAAUGACCUUACCUGUGCUUGAAAAAAAGGGGGAUAUCAUCUUAGGGGGACUCUUCUCUCUGCAUGAUAUGGUGGUAGAGCCGAGUCUGUCCUUCACCUCUCAGCCUCCUCCAACACAAUGUACCAGGUAAGCUGCUUUCUAGAUCAUCCUCAAAUUGCUGAAGUUUUGGAUAUAAACAGGCUUAAUCUCAUGGCAUCCGUGUUUUUCUGUCUUCAUCAAUCUGCUUUCUUCUUACAGAUUCAACUUCAGAACAUUUCGAUGGAUGCAGACCAUGAUCUUUGCCAUCGAGGAGAUAAACAAAGAGGCUAAACUACUUCCUAACAUCACUCUUGGUUACAAGAUCUAUGAUUCUUGUAGUACACCUCAUCAGGCUCUGAAGGCUGCCAUGGAGUUAAUGGGGAGUGAAAAGGGUUCAGGGGUUGUGGGAGAUACUGAUGAUAAUUUGACAUGUAAUGGGACUGUACCAGCAGUGAUAGGAGAUGGAGGCUCGACUCAGUCUCUCGUUGUGGCUCGUUUUCUGGGGGUCUUCCAGGUACCGCAGGUAAAGUUGGUGUAUUUUCUUUCACUUCUGUGCAGAGAUGUAAUGAAAAAGUCAUGAGGAAGUCUUUACUGUCUUCAAAAUCAGUCUUGUUUGUAACAGCAGAUGGUCGUACUGCGUAUGAAACAGCUCACUGUAUCAACGAAUUUCUUCCCUUCUGUCCAGGUCAGUUAUUUCUCUAGCUGUGCCUGUCUCAGUGACAAAAAACAGUUUCCUGCAUUUAUGAGGACUAUGCCGAGUGACUUUUUCCAGGUAGGAGAAAGAAGACCAUCUGUGUGAUUGCGUGAAAUGCAACAAACGCAUAACAACGAAGCAAUCUGUCCCUCUCUAUGUUUGUGUUGCAAUCAGGUUGAUGCACUCGUGCAACUUGUCCAGCACUUUGGCUGGACCUGGGUGGGUGUGAUUGCAGGAGAUGAUGCCUAUGGUCGUGGUGGUGCAAACAUUUUCGCAGAUGAGGUGGGUCACAGUUGCUUGAAUGCAGGAUUUGAACAAAAGUUGAAGAUAAGAAGAAAAAAGUUGUCAUCCACCUCCUCUGCUGCUCUCUCAGGUUAGAAAGCUGGGUGCUUGUGUUGCCCUCUAUGAGAUUAUCCCGAAAAACCGAGCACAGGCUGCCAUCGCAUCGAUCAUUUCCAAGAUUCGUUCUUCUGGGACUCGUGUGAUUCUCGUAUUUGCCGUAGAACAAGAUGCAGCUGCACUCUUCGAUGAGGCACUCAGGCAUGCCACAAUCUUUGAAGAAAGCGUUUGUUCAGUUUAUGUUUUAUUGAUGCAGCUUUACCACGUUUUAAAAGUCAUGAAUUGUCAUUCCUUUGAAUCUAGAGAGGGGCUCACUGAUAUUCAGUGGCUGGCCAGCGAGGCUUGGAGCACAGCUGCUGUCCUCUCCACCCCUUCAAAGUACCGUCACAUCCUCCAGGGUUCAAUGGGAUUUGCCAUUCGAAGAGCAGACAUCCCGGGAUUGCAGGACUUCCUGCUUCGUUUGCACCCUUCAAACCCAGAUGCUGUUGGCGAUCCCUUCUUGGUACCUUUCUGGGAGGAGGUAUUCCAGUGCAGUUUGGGUACAGGGCGUCAAAGUAAACCUCCAUGCACCGGAGAGGAAGAACUGAGAAGCGUUACAAAUAUCUACUCAGAUGUGUCCCAGCUGAGGAUUUCCUAUAAUGUCUAUAAAGCUGUGUAUGCGAUUGCUCAUGCACUCAAUGCUAUGAGGAGCUGUGUGGAAGGAAAAGGGCCAUUUCCUUUGCAAGCCUGUGCAGACAUAGACAAUAUUCAGCCAUGGCAGGUAAUGAACCAUUUGCUUUCUGUCCUCAUUUAGGAUACUUAAGAUAAUAAGUAUAUGAAAAUGUUUAGAAGUUUUGUUUGGGAUAAACGUUUGCCCUUUUCUUCUUUAGCUGCUUCAUUACAUAAAACAGGUCGAGUACUUGAAUUCAUUUGGUGAUGAAACAAAGUUUGAUGAGAAUGGUGAUCCUGCCGCCAUGUAUGACCUGGUAAACUGGCAGUUACGACCAGAUGGAAAAAUGGAGUUUGUCACCAUUGGCAAAUUUGAUGAGACAACCAUCAUUGGGGUGAAAAAACUCCAGAUCCAAGAAGAAAUAAUCAUGUGGAAUGGCAACCAAACCGAAGUAGGCGCCCCAAGAGAAUAACAAAACUGAAAAUUGAAAUCUGUGCAUGGCUUUUUUGUCGAGGAGCUCUUUUGUGACUAGAGUAGUAUGCUUUUUCUCUUUUGCUCAGGUUCCCUUGUCAGUAUGCAGCAGCAUCUGUCCCCCAGGUACCCGAAAGGCUAUUAGACCUCACUUCCCUAUCUGCUGCCAUGACUGUGUGGUUUGUACAGCUGGGGAGAUUAGUAAUCAGACUGGUAAGGAAAGGCCAACUGCUGAUAUUAUUUUAGAGAACCUGACCUACAUUUGUAAUGAGAAAAAAAAACCAACACAAUUGUCUUUUCUUUAGAUGCCAUAGAGUGUGUGCGCUGCCUCCCAGAGUUUUGGUCCAAUGAUGAGAGGACAGUCUGUAUCCCCAAACAAGUGGAGUUCCUCUCCUUCAGCGACACUAUGGGCAUCACUCUCAUGGCUAUUUCUCUCAUUGGUUCCUUCUGCACUUGUGUUGUGGUCUUCAUAUUUUCCUGUUACAAAAACACCCCGAUAGUUAGAGCCAACAACUCUGUGCUGAGCUUUCUGUUGCUCUUCUCUUUGACUCUGUGUUUUCUGUGUUCUCUGACCUUUAUCGGCCGGCCCUCUGAGUGGUCCUGCAUGCUGAGACACACAGCAUUUGGCAUCACUUUUGUCCUCUGUAUCUCCUGUAUUCUUGGGAAAACUAUUGUAGUGCUUAUGGCCUUCAGAGCGACACUUCCAGGCAGUAAUGUAAUGAAGUGGUUUGGGCCUGCCCAACAGAAGGCAAUAAUCACCUUUUGUACACUGGUCCAGGUAAGGACUUUGGACUUUCUGAGUUCCCUCAAUGGUUUGUAAUAACUCCUGCCUAUAAAAAUCGACAUCUUCAUUGCAGGUAAUUAUCUGCACGGUGUGGCUGGUUGUCGCUCCUCCUAAGCCACACAAGCUCAUGCCACGUGAGAGCGCCACCGUCAUCCUCUUGUGCGAUGAAGGAUCACCUGUGGCAUUUGCUCUGGUUCUGGGCUACAUUGGCCUAUUGGCAUGCAUCUGCCUUCUCUUGGCAUUCUUGGCAAGGAAGCUCCCGGACAACUUUAACGAGGCCAGACUCAUCACCUUCAGCAUGCUCAUUUUCUGUGCGGUGUGGGUCGCCUUUGUUCCUGCCUACAUCAGCUCUCCAGGGAAGUACUCCACCGUCACAGAGGUGUUUGCAAUAUUGGCCUCCAGUUACGGACUGCUGGGCUGCAUCUUUGCACCUAAGUGCUACAUAAUCCUGCUAAAGCCAGAAAAGAACACAAGGAAACAUCUGAUGUCUAAAGGUGUCUCUGACAAGUUUUAG